CCGGUUGACACCCACAGCGAUCGAUUCAUCAGCAGUUGUCCAACUCCCACUCGGAGUGGGAGUGUCUAUUUACCUAAUUUGGAUUUUGUCAUCUGGUUGCGUAGCCAUGGCAGAAAGUCUGGUCAUAGUUCUCCUCACUAUGCCUGACAAUCGCUCUUUACUUAAUUCACUAUAAGCUAUAAAGAGCCAUCGUCCUCGUGCUUUCGGCUGAGACUCCGAAGUGGAUAGAUGCCAGCCACCUCUUUCACUGCGACCUCGCCUUAACACUGUCGGAUUACAUCUGUACCUGCAUUCUGCCCAUCAUGGCCCGAUUUCCGGUUUGGACGCUCGCUGCAGCCCUUUUUCCUGCACUAGCAUCUUGUGUCCCGCAUCGAUGUCCCUCUCCGGCCGGGGAUCUCAGCGUCUCCGCGUUCCAGUUGUACCCAGAGAACGCCGACUUUGACACGAAGCGCUGUGUGGCUUAUUUUAGUGUGUUGUUUAACGCCAGCGUGGCUGUCUACAACCCAUCCAAGAACGCCGUCGUUGAUGUUCUCAAAUUCCCCGGCUUGAGUGGCAACUCCCUCCUCCACUCCAGUGGUGUUCAGCGUGACCCCCUCGAUCGCCUGUCUGUCGUCGUCGAUGCUGGAUCUUCUUUCGAUACUGGAGGUCAGGAUAUUUCCGGCGACAAUUGGCUUGUCAAGUACAGUUUGGAGAAGGAUCGGGUCCUUUGGCAGCGCAACCUCUCAGCCGUUACGGCCGGGGCAUACAGUGGCUUCCAGGACAUUGAACACGACCAGCAUGGCAACACAUUUGUCCUUGGAACCUACCCAUCCAGCCUUAUCCGAGUGUCGUCCGAUGGCAAGAAGGCCAUACCUUGGUACUUGGGGCCAAAGUCCAGCAACCCUACCGCCGCUGGCUUCUCUGGUUUGGUGAACAUUGGCGAUUCCCUAGUCGUGUCAAACACCGCCGACGGUCAGCUGUACCGCUUCGAUAUUACCGCUGCCAAGGGAACUCCUGUACGAAUCCCAAUCAUGACUGGUCAAGCUCGUAUCGGCGGCGCACUUGAUGGAGUCUAUCUACCCCCGCGCUACGAUGGCAAGGUGAUCUUGGUAUCCGACAACGUUAAUGGAACGAUCGUCCUUCGGUCUUCUGAUGCGAAGUGGAAGACUGCGGAGCGGCUCGGAGUCAUCCCGAACGACCUUCUUGCCAAGGGUGGUUCCGCCGUUGCAAGUGUUCAAAUUGGCGAUAAAAUCUAUGCUGUAACCGAGUUUUUCGGAGACAGCGUCGUGCCUGGAACCCUGGCGGGAAACAGGACUACCUUCCCAUUGAUUGACAUCACGAAGAAGAUUGACAAGCUUCUUUGUUAAAUAUCGGCAAUUAAAGUAUCAUUCUCUCUAUAGACUGUAUUAUCUAGGGUCUUAUGCUGUGGUUAGAAAAGACAUACAAG